AUGCUCCCAAUGCAUCUAUCGAUGCCCAUGUCCAUUCCCAUGAUGCCGAUGCCCUUCCCGAUGCCCCCGCCUGGCGCACCCGCUGGGGCGACGCCGGGCCCGCAGUCCCAGGGGGGGUUCCCUCCCGGUCUGGCCCCGCAGACCCUCAGCUUCCCCUUAGCCGCGCCUUCCCCGCAGGUCCCCAACAUCCCAAUGCCACACACGGGCUUCCCGCAGCCGCUGGCUCCUCAACAGGCCAAAGUGAGUGUCGGUAACGCUUCACUGGCCGCAUUCAACUCCAAGGAGCCGCCAAAGUUUUCCUGUGUCCUGCUCGCCGGCCCGCCCGCUGUGGGGAAGACCACCCUCGGUCGGGAGCUCGUCAACAGCUUCAAGGCCGACGGCUUAGGCUGGGCUUUCUUUUCGGGCGCAGAUUUUCUACCAGAGGGAUCCACAAAGCACUCCCUGUGGGAGAAGACAAAAGACGUCUUCGACGCACUCAGUAAGCGCCUGGAUGCGCUCUUAGAGCAACAGAAACUGCAUCGAACAAUCAAAGGUCUCAUAAUUGACAAAAAUUUAAGAGGUAUUGAGGACCUUUACUACUUAACAAUGCUUCUUCAAUCAAAGAAUAUCCCUUUUGUAGGCAUCAUCGGCAUGGAAUGCGCAGACAAUGAUACCCUUAUUCGGCGCAUGAGUGGAGGCGAUGAACUGCGCGAAAAGCUCAAGUAUCAUCAUGUCAUCCACGCCCGAGUAGCAAGUUUGGCGAAGAUGGCAUUCAUGUACCGCGUUGUAGAUGCUUCUAAAACUGAAAAGGAAGUGGUUCAGAACCUGCGUACAAUUUCUCUGGGCUUCUGCGUGCAGCCCCCAACGAAAGGAAUUCGUACCCAUUACUACGAAGAAUCACAUUCAAACGUCAUUGUAGACUCCUAUGAGGAAUAUUAUCGCGUUAUGAUCGCGCUGUUUGAAUGCGUCAGCGUUCGAGGUUUCCACUUUCCAACCUCUACUCUAUUAGUUCCUUUUUCAACAAAAGAGAUGACCGAUAAGGCGCGUCUAAAUGCCAUUAAAACACAUUACCGUGUUCGAAAAAAACCCGAAGGCACUCAUUACCUCUUGCUCUACGUGAACGAAAAGAUGUACCUGAUCCCUCCUCAUAUGCGGGCAGUGCUCCUGAUGACAGGAAAACCUUGGAUGGGAAAAAGUCUCGACAAUAUUGCUUCCUUUGUAUUGGAGGGAAUUCUCACGCGCUUUUCGCGGAAUCGUCACAAGGAAUUCUUUCUUGUUUAUGACAUAAUCUUCUGGAGCGAAAAAAAUCAGCCAUCAAAUAAUAUCUCCAUGCGCAUGCUGUGGGACGAGCGUCAGGCGAUACUCCAAAACUAUUUAUUAUCUGAAGAAAAAGUGACUUUUUCAAAUGAUGUGGACUGUGUGAUUGCGUACCAAUCCGAACACAAGCUUUCCAACACGUUGAAUCUCUUAGACUCCGAGGAAUACGCUAGCGAAGGUAUCGUCUUGCAACCCACCCAGCUACUUCAUCGGUCCGAUCAUGUAUUGCUCUGGCGCCCACCUGACUCGAUAACAGCAGACUUUCGUGUAGGAGGCUUCAUCCGUGCGCAUGAAACCCAAGAGCCAUCCCUUGAGUCUUCGAUCAAAGAUAGCAUUACGUCUCAAAGUAGGCUAGGUACUACCUUUAGUCAGCGCCAUAGCAUGGACGACUCCUACGAGCUCCCAUGCCGCACCUACGCCCUUGAGGUGUAUAACAAAUUCGAAAAGAAGUAUGUGCAGUACGAGUCCGCCACUGUCGUCGUUCGUCACUCCGAAAUUGUCCAGGGCAGCAUCAUCACCUGUCGCCUCCAAGGGAGCGGACUUCAGCAGAGCUGGACCUUCAGUCGCAUCCGUUAUGACCUCGUGCGCCCCGACUACCUUCACGACGUAAAAGAACUGCUGCAGUCCUGCCUGAUCCCCCGCUCGCAGUUCGUGUCGUGGUUGAUCACAGAGCAAAUCGUGGCGUCUGAGAUCCCACACGCCUCGCCGGCGGACACGGCGAAGGCGGCGCCACCACCGUCCUACGGCAUCGCGAUGGCCCGUUUGGCCCCGGAUGGGCCCCCGUCCCGGACGUCCGCCGCUGACUUUCCCCUCGCCUCCCACUUCCCGAAGGCCUCCGAGAUACUUACGCGGGGGACGACGCAGGCGGUCGGGCCCGCCGCGGAGGCCCCGUCGCAGCUCCAGCUCCUGGCCAGCAUCGUGCCCUCCCUGCACAUCGUGCGCAAGGGAAACUCCGAUGUCAGGCCCCCUACGCCCCCCACCCUGACCCCGUCCCCCUCCGCCAGGCAAGUGAGCGCCCUCAGCGAGGAGACGGCAAAGGGGGUGGCCCCAUCAUCGCCCCCAAGCCAACGCUGCGCGCAGUGCCACUACAAAAAGCAGCGCGACGACCUCCGCAUCGAUAAGAGGGACCGGCGGUACUACUGCUACAACUGCUGGGCGAAGACCGGCUAUGGAUUCUGCGUCACCUGCGGCGAGUUCGCUAAAGGGGACCGCGCGACACGGGGGGGCCGAAAGGGUAACCUAGUCUGCUCCGCGUGCAACCAACGAAGUGAAAUUAAGCCGAAUGCUCCGAAAGGAAGCGCGGUGGUUAGCAGCCAACACGACGAAGGGGAUACUGUAAAGAGCAACCGAAAGCAGAAGCGGCAGAAUGUUAGAGACACAACAACCCAGACAACGGUGGAGCAAAAAGACCGUGUCGUAGCGACUGAAUCAAGGAAAACCUCCAGAAGGGACAAGAAAAAUUCCAAAGAAGCGGCGAACGUUCAGGGUGGAAAUGGUAGUGUUGGCUCUAGCCCAAAGGAUGACCCAGCGUUUCAGCCCGUAUCUCAGGCUCCUUGUGAGUCAUCCACUAUGGUUACUGAAGUUUCCGCACUCGCAACAGACACUCCAGAGCCGAACCAUAAGCCAGACAAGGUCACAUUCCCAACGAAUGUCGAUACAGUUAAGAAGGAUCAAUCUCUCCAAACGAAUGUCGAUACAGCUAGAGAUGACCAAUCUCUCCCAACGAAUGUCGAUACAGUUAAGAAGGAUCAAUCUCUCCAAACGAAUGUCGAUACGGCUAGAGAUGGCCAAUCUCUCCAAACGAAUGUCGAUACGGCUAGAGAUGGCCAAUCUCUCCCAACGAAUGUUGAUACGGUUAGAGAGGAUCAAUCUCUCCCAACGAAUGUCGAUACGGUUAGAGAGGAUCAAUCCCUCCCAACAAAUGUCGAUACAGUUAGAGAGGAUCAAUCUCUCCCAACGAAUGGACGAAACGUACCCACACCACAGGCCGCAGGCAAUGUUGCAUCAACAAUAGAUUCCGAUAUUUACUCAGAGAUUAACGAUCAGGCUUCAAAAAAGAGUGGCAUGUGCAGUCAACAGUGA